GGAGUAGAAGAGGAAGCCUAGUUCUUAUAUUGGUAACACAACAUUAGUGAGUUGUGAGAACAUUCAUGUGGAGAAAAUAUUCCAACCUAUGGGGGGAGAAAAAAAAGACAAUGUGGUUGUAAGAAAAAAAAAAAAAAAAAAAAAGGACCCAGUCCUCAGUGGAGUGGAUCCAGUCCACGUUUUGCAGGCCUCUGUGCGGCUCAGUAAAAUGGCUGUAUGUAUUGGAGCCUCGUGUUGGUUGGGUCUGCUCCCUGCCUCUACCUCUACCAGGACUCACUAACACAACUCCCACAACAACAUUUCUCUCGCUUUUUUGUUUUUACUGCAUUGUAUGGAGCGAUCAUCCUACUUCUAACCCGUUAAAACUGCAACCAGGACCCGGGGGGGAUGGCAGCCGGAUUGGGUCGGGUAUAAGAGAGAGGAGGGUGGUAGUGGUGGUGGUGGUGGUGGGAAUGAAUCGGCACAAGGAUAAAUGGUUAUAAAGAAUAAUUUAUACUCAAUGCUAGCUUUUGAUUGUGACGCCUGAGAGAGAGAGAGAGACAGAGAGAGAGAGAAGUGGUGGUAGUGGUGGAGGUGGUGGAGGAGGGGGUGUAAUAUCAUGGCCGCUCAGGUCGCCACUCUGAACACUAGCCCGCCUAACGAACUCAAAAAGCCGGAUCCAAAGGAGGAGUCGGUACCGGUGGAGAAGCAGCAGCAGCAGCAGCAGCAGCAGCAGCAGCAGGGGGACAACAAAAAGAAGCCGGGUUUGGACGGCGGAUCUCCGGAUCUGCUGCAGCAGGACGGGGCCGACGCUGGAAAUGCAGGGGGAGGAGGGGAACCGGAGAUGAAGAACGGGAAUGGGAACCCGCCCAGGGCUGCUAACAACAAUAAUAAUAACCAGAAUGACUCUAUCGGACCGGAGGGGAACAACAACAACCACCCGGGCUUGGUGCACCACCACGGCGCCGCGUUCCCUAACCCUUCGUACGGAUACAGCCAGCACUACGGUCGGGCCCCUUUUCAUCAACAUGGCGGACAACAAAGCCCUGGCAUGGCAGCUGCUAGUACUGGUCCGGUCUCACAGUCGAGCAACAUGAUGGACCCGUAUCAAGGCGACUUUUCCAACCACCAGUUCAACAACUACAACAACCCGUUCCCGAAUAGGACUCCGUAUCCCGGCCAGGCGUACUCCUCCUCAACCAGCGCCGUGAACUCCCCUCGCAGUACCCAGGCGGCGCCGACAGCUGGGGGGCAGCCAGCAGCAGCUAACGUGAAGCAGCAGCAGCAACAACCGCCUCCAGCACCCACGGCGAUGGCUGGAUCUUACAGUAACCAGAGAUAUAACAUUGGAAACCCUCAGCCUACAUCCACGCCGACUCUCAACAAGCUGCUCACGUCGCCCAGCUCGACGCGGGGUUAUCCGAACUACCCGUCGAGCGACUACAGCCAGGAAGGAGCUGCUAGCAGCAAGGGACCAGCAGCAGCAGCAGACAUGGGCAGCAGCAGCGGGCUGUACGGAGGCAGCACUCCGGCGGGGUGGCAACAAAGAAGCCAUCACCCGUCGCCUAUGAGCCCGGGAAGUGCCGGGCUAGUUAGAAACCAGGUCCAGCCACCUGGUCCUAUGGACCCAAUGGUAAAAAUGAGAGGUCAACCAUAUGGAGCAGGCAGUCCAUAUAGUCAGCAGCCGCAGCAGGGGCCUCCCACAGGUCCACAACAGGGGCCUGGUUACCCUGGCCAGGGUUAUGGCCCUCCAGGUCCUCAGCGAUUCCCAGUUGGGAUGCAAGGACGUUCCCCUGGAGGCAUGGGUAGCAUGCCGUAUGGUCCACAGAUGGGAUCUUAUGGACAGCAGGGACCAGGAGGCUACGGCUCUCAGGGCCAGGCACCAUAUUACGGCCAGCCCGGCCAGGCUCCUCACCCAAGCCAGCAGCAAAGCUCCUACACGCAGCCCCCACCAGGACAAGCGGGCGGCCAGACACCUUACCCAGGGCAAACCCACCCUCCGCCGACUUCCGCUCCACACGCCCAGGGAGGACAACCCUAUCAGCAGCCCCACAUGCCCCCGCAGUCCCAGGGGCCACUGCCAGGCUCAUCCCAGGGGCCUCCACAGUCUCAGCCCCCUUAUUCCCAAGCCCCAGCCCCACAAUCUGGCCAGUCUCUCUACGCUCAGCAGCAGGGUCCUCCCAGUCAGGCCCCGCAGCAGCCAAGUUCCCAGGAACCCCCUGGACCACAGGGCCAGUCCAACUACCCAGGAUCCACACAGGGGCCCCAGCAGCCCCCCUCGCAGCAACAGCAGGCGCAGUCUCAGCCUCCACAGCAUCCACCGGGACACAGCCAACACCCACAGGGCCAGCCUGCAGCGUACCCGCAGAACCAGCAGCAGCAGCAGCAGCAACAGCAGCCGCAGCAGCAGCAGCCGCCGCAGCAGCAGCAAGCACAACAGUCACCUUAUCAGCGCUUUCCUCCUCCACAACAGCAGGAGGUGUCCCAGGACUCAUUUCAGUCCAGCACCCCUCCAUCCACUCAGCCUAAAUCUGGCCCAGAGGACAGUCAAGGCCGCCCGUCCAGCCUUCCGGACUUGUCAGGGUCCAUCGAUGACCUGCCUACAGGUGCAGAAGGCGCCCUGAGUCCCGGCGUGAGCACGCCAGGUGUGUCGAGCAGCCAGGGCGAGCAGAGCAACCAGGCUCAGUCGCCCUUCUCCCCUCACACGUCUCCCCACCUGCCAGGCAUCCGAGGGCCUUCGCCUUCGCCAGCUGGCUCCCCCGCCGGCGCCAGCACACCCCGCGCAGGACCGCUGUCACCCGCCAACAUGCCAGGGACCCAGAUGCCUCCCAGGCCAUCAAGUGUGCAGUCUGAUGGGAGUCUACACCCGGCAAUGAGCCAGUCUCCUAUGGCCCAGGACAGAGGGUUUAUGCAGAGAAACCCUCAGAUGCCCACUUACGGUUCUCCCCAGUCAGCCUCUGCACUGUCUCCGCGCCAGUCCUCAGGGGGACAGAUGCAUCCUGGGAUGGGCCCAUAUCAGCAGAACAACUCCAUGGGUGGCUAUGGACAGCAGGCUGGACAGUACGGCCCCCAAGGUUAUCCCCGGCAACCUGGCUAUGGCAACAUGCCCAACGCAAACUACACCGGGCCGGGCAUGGGCCCAAUGAACUCCAUGGCAGGGCAGGGUGGGGGGCCGCCAUAUGCUGGCAUGCCCCCAGGAAGGAUGCCUCCUAAUCAAAUGGGGGCACGUCCCUACGGCCCCAACAUGGGUCCAAAUAUGGGCCCUAACAUGGGUCCAAACAUGCCUCCUAACAUGGGUAACAUGCCACCCCAGGUAGGCUCAGGAAUGGGUCCCCCUCCAGGCAUGAACAGAAAGCCCCAGGACCCCACUGCCAUGCAGCACCCUGCCGCCAACUCCAUGCACAACAGGAUGCCUGGUUACGCCAACAUGUCUCCAGGCAUGAUGGGCUCCGGCCCCCCCUAUGGCCCUCCCAUGAACAACAUGCCUGGAAUGAUGAACACUCAAGGUGGAUCACCGUAUCCCAUGGGGCCAAACAUGGCCAAUAACUCAAGUGGUAUGGCUCCCAGUCCAGAGGUGAACAAUAAGAUGAAUAACAAAGUAGAUGGGAGUGUGACGCCUAAGCCAGAGCCCAAAUCUAAGAAGAAGUCAAACUCCUCCACCACAACCAACGAGAAGAUAACCCGUUUGUAUGAGUUGGGACCAGAGCCGGAGAGGAAGAUGUGGGUGGACCGAUAUUUGGCCUUCAUUGAAGAGAAAGCCAUGGGCAUGACCAACCUGCCCGCUGUAGGACGCAAACCCCUGGACCUCUUCCGGCUGUAUAUGUCAGUCAAAGAGAUCGGAAGCAUGGCACAGGUGAGUAAGAAUAAGAAAUGGCGUGAUCUUGCCACUUCCCUGAAUGUGGGCACAUCCAGCAGCGCUGCCAGUUCCUUGAAGAAACAGUACGUCCAGUGUCUGUAUGCCUUUGAGUGCAAAAUUGAGCGUGGGGAGGACCCUCCUCCUGAGAUCGUCGACAACAAAAAGAGCCAAGCUGCUAAGGUCCAGCCACCCUCUCCAGCGUCCCUCUGCUCCACAGCUGGGUCGGGCUCUCUGCAGGGUCCUCAGACACCCCAGUCCACCAGCAGCUCCAUGGCUGAGGGGGGCGACCUAAAACCUCCCACCCCAGCCUCCACUCCUCAUACCCAGAUGCCCCCCAUGCCACCCGGGUCCAGGAGCAGCGUUAACCUGCAGGACCCCUUCUCUGAUGGAAGUGACCCUGCUUUCCCCAGGAAGAACAUGACGCCCAACUCCGCUUAUCAGCCUGGCAUGAACACACCAGACAUGCAAGGGCGCAUGGCCGCCUACGAACCCAACAAGGACCCCUUUGGUAACAUGCGGAAAGUCGGGGAGCACUUUCUACCUGCUAACCAGGGCCCUAACAGCGGGGUGGGUGACCAACAACAGCAGCAGCAGCCGCCUCAACAGCAGCAGCAACAGCAGCAGCCUCCAUUCAACAGAGGACCGCCCGGGGCCAUGGGCACGAUGCCAAUGGGGCCCAGACAGCAGUAUCCCUAUGGACCAGGCUACGACAGGAGAUCGGAGCAAGGAAUGGGCCCGGAGGGCAACAUGGGAUCCGGUGCUCCUCAGCCAAACCCUAUGAUACCCGCCAACGCCGACACAGGGAUGUAUUCGCCAAAUCGCUUCCCACCACAGCAGCCACGGCAUGAUUCCUAUGGUAAUCAGUAUCCUGGACAGGGAACGCCCCCUACAGGCUCCUACCCAAAUCAGCAGCCUGGAAUGUACCCACAACAACAACAGGGUUACAAACGUCCUGUGGAAGGUGGUUAUCCUCCAUCUAAACGUCAUGAGGCGGAGUAUAGUGGGCCCUUCCAUGGUGGACAACAACCACCACCGCAGCAGCAACAGCAAGGAGGUGCCCAUGCACCCUCUUCAGGACAGCAGGAGUCGUACAAUCAGUACAGCGGCACUGGGCCCUAUCCCGGCCCUGAUCGGCGUCCACCUGGCCCAGGCAAUCAGUUCCCCUUUCCCUUUGGUCGUGAACGUAUGCAGGGUGCGACGGGGCCCAACGCUCAGCCCAACAUGCCCCCUCAGAUGAUGCAGUCCGGCCCUGAGGGCCCUCAGGGAGGUAUGUGGCAGGGGCCGCGAGACAUGAACUAUCAGAACUACCCCAGCCGGCAGGGUGGCCCAGGGGGCCCGCCCCAGGGACCCGGUUACCCUGGCAUGAACCGCUCAGAGGAGAUGAUGUCAUCAGAGCAGCGUAUGAAUCACGAUGGCCAGUGGGGGGGUCAGAUGGGCCCACGUCAGCCUCCAUACGGUCCAGCAGGGCCUGGCCAACCCAUGCCUCGCUCAGUACAGCCCAACUACCAGCCCCUUCAGGGCGUGCAGAACCACAUUCCACAGGUGUCCAGCCCGGCCUCCAUGCCCCGCCCCAUGGAUAGCAGGACAUCGCCUAGUAAAUCUCCCUAUAUGCACGGAGUAAUGAAGAUGCAGAAGGCCGGCCCUCCAGUGCCUGCAUCUCACAUAGUGCCCCCUCCGGUGCAGUCGCCUCUAAUAAGGCGAGACAUGCCUUUUCCCCCGGGUUCUAUAGAAGCUUCCCAUCCUAUCCUGAAACCACGUCGGAGACUCACCGUCAAAGAAAUCGGAACCCCGGAGGCCUGGAGAGUCAUGAUGUCAUUAAAGUCUGGUUUGUUGGCUGAGAGCACGUGGGCCUUAGAUACCAUCAACAUCCUCCUGUAUGAUGACAACAGUAUUACCACCUUUGAUCUCAACACGUUGCCUGGCUUCCUAGAGUUGGUGGUUGAGUAUUUCAGACGCUGCCUCAUUGAAAUCUUUGGCAUUCUGCGGGAGUACGAGGUGGGAGACCCCGGCCAGAGGACACUACUUGAUCCUGAUGCCUUGAAACGAGCCUGGGACAGCACGGAAGAAGAGGAGGAGGAACACAUGGAGCAAGAGGAAGGAGAUGACGACGACGAAGAAGAGGAGGAGGAACAAGAAACAGUGAAGCCAGCUCGUGUCAAAGAGGAGCAAGAGCAAGAGCAGUGCUCUGAGUCUCGGGGUCGGGAUGAGAAGACAGACGAUGAGGAGAAGAAGAGCAAGGGUUCUUCAUCUGAACAGACGGGCUCAUCGCAACCCUUAGCUGCCCAUGAGAGACCCAAACAGGCCAGCAAGUUCGACAAGUUUCCCCUAAAGGUGGUACGAAAGAGAGACCCGUUUGUGGCUGGCCAGUCCAACAAUCACGGCAAACUGCAAGAGUUUAACAGCGGGUUGCUUCAUUGGAGCGCCGGAGGGGGAGACUCAACAGACCACAUCCAGACUCACUUUGAACCACGCAAAGACUUCUUGCAACCUCGAGAACGAAUAUCUGUGCCCGCGAAUUUGCUGAAGCGACGAGUCCCAGAAGAAGUGUUGCUGGAGAAUUGUUUGCCAACUGAGGAAGAGAAAAAGAAGAAUCAGGAUGAAGAAGAAAGGCCAAAGGAGACAUCUUCCUCAGAGAAAGCAGCUGUAGUCUCGGAGAAGGCCAGCCCCUCGCUCAGCAGCGAGGAGGAGAGGAAAACGGACUCUGAGACAAAAACGGUUGAGAAAGUUGCUAAAAGUCACCAGGAGAAUAACAGACCCAUUCCUCUCCUCGACGGUGUUUUCAUCCAGAAGGCACAGCAGACCGGCACCAUCCUGGAGGAUGAGCCUCACAGUAAAGACGAGGGGCCGCUCAUUGCACUGGCGACCUGGCAGGAUUCGUUAGCUCGCCGCUGCGUUUGUGUCUCCAACAUUGUCCGCAGCCUCUCUUUCGUGCCAGGCAAUGACCACGAGAUGUCCAAACAUCCAGGGCUGCUGCUGCUACUGGGCCGCCUGAUCCUGCUCCACCACCGGCACCCUGAGCGCAAACAAGCUCCGCUCACCUACGAGAAGGAUGAAGAUUCAGACGAGGGGACGGGCCAGAGGGACGAAUGGUGGUGGGACUGCUUGGAGCUCCUGAGGGAGAACACGCUGGUCACUUUGGCGAACAUCUCAGGCCAACUGGACCUGUCCAUCUACCCCGAGAGCAUCUGCUUGCCUCUGUUGGACGGUCUUCUCCACUGGGCCGUCUGUCCAUCAGCGGAGGCCCAGGAUCCCUUCCCCACCCUCGGCCCCCACAGUGCUUUGUCACCUCAGAGACUGGUCCUGGAGACACUAAGCAAACUAAGCAUCCAAGACAACAAUGUGGACCUCAUCUUGGCCACUCCGCCAUUCAGUCGGUUGGAGAAGCUAUACGGGAACCUGGUGCGGCUAAUCGGAGACAGGAAGGUGGCGGUGUGCAGGGAGAUGGCCGUGGUCCUGCUGGCCAACCUGGCCCAGGGCGAUACCGUGGCAGCCCGAGCGAUCGCUGUUCAGAAAGGCAGCGUGGGCAACUUGCUGGGCUUCCUGGAGGACAGUCUGGCCGCCACACAGCUCCAGCAGAGCCAGAGCUCUCUACUACACCUACAGGGGAUGCACUUCGAGCCCACAAGCCCGGACAUGAUGCGGCGAGCUGCCCGGGCUCUGCACGCCUUAGCCAAGGUGGAGGAGAACCACUCAGAGUUCACACUACAAGAGUCUCGACUCCUCGACCUCUCAGUGUCCCCCCUAAUGAACUCGCUGGUUUCUCAUGUUAUCUGUGAUGUACUCUUUUUGAUUGGCCAGUCAUGACAGCUGUAGGGAGCCGUGGCUCCACUUUUUGGGGGGGUUUUAUCCCCAAAUCCCCUCUUCCCUGGAAACCUGGCUUGUGUGUAACAGGGCAAGGAGAGUUCAAGUGACUGUCUUUUAAUUUAUGAAAAUCCUUCAGACUCCAUUCUCUGAGCCCUCCCCAGGCCGUCCUCGCUCGAGGAGGGCAAUCACAGAGCGGCGGUGGAUUACAAACCAGAGAGACGCCCACAAAGUGACACUACUUGCAACAUGAAUGCCAACUGGACGACACAGAGCAGAGCACCACGGUUGGGAGACUUGUUCUGCACUUGGGGGAAAAAGUACUUUUUAAAUAAAGAUAAAUAAAUGAAUAAAUAAAUAAAUAGCUGAAAAACAAAAACUGUAACCAAAGUUGCUGUCUCGUUUACAGUGAGUUUGGGAGACCCAGCGUGCCCUAGCUCUCCCCUCGAGGGCACAAUGAGUCUGUAACUGGUUGAAGUUCAGAGGUGAAGCAGACUGACAAGUGGCCUACUGGUUAUAGUUGCUGUAGUUGGAUUUUCACCAGUCAGCCCGACGGUAGACUAAGUGCUGUCAAUAGACACCUUCACCGGGGAGGCCUGUGCAGUGUGCAGUAGAUUGUAGGACAUUUUCUGUACCGUACUGCUCUUGAGUGUAAGCAUUCUGUAACACACGUUUCACAGAGAAGCAGAAGAUGCAGCUCUUCUAGAGUUUUGAGGUCAUUUUUUAGUUUGGUGUUAAACAGAAAAUGGCUUUCUUCCCCAAAGUAUCAAGAACCUACAACACCCUUACCUCCUCUUAUCCCUUGAUUGUAUGAAUACCCUUAUGAAAAGAAAUCACCUCUUAGGACUGGUUUUCAACUUCAAAUACAGCUUUGCUGUGGUGUAUAUAUAAUGUUGUACAUUACACUUCCUUUCUCUGUGUCUGUCUCUGUCUGUGUCACUAUUCUCACACUUGUUAUCGGUGAGGGAUCGAGGCCGACAUGUGAGUUUGGUCUGUGACCUCCAGUCCCCGCUGAUUAGACCCACACCUCCGGUCUCUCCACAGCGCCGUAGUGCGGCAGACACGGCUCGAACCUGUUAUCUCCUGGUACAACAAAAAUAAACUAGAUGAAGUACACAUUUGACAAUUUUUCUUCAGUCAUGGAUUCUGCAUAUUUGUAUUUCAGACUAUGUAGCUAAGACAACAUGUAAAUUCCUCCCUUUUCCCUUUUUUGGCUCAAUGAAUAUCAUUUAUUCAGUAUGAAAUCUUUAUACUAUAUGUUCCACGUGGUAAGAAUAAAUGUACAUUAAAUCUUGGUAAGCUGUU